AUGAACAAUAAUGCGAAGUGGUGGCUGGGGUGGCCAUUGAGCCAUUGGUAAAGUUAGCAGAAAAGAAAAAGGCUAGCUGAGAGGAUAGUGUUAGGAGAGAUCGACUUUAAUUUCUUUGUGAAAAGAAAGGCAGGCAUGGAGGCCAUGAUCUUUAUACCAGCUAGCAGAUCGAGGAGAUUGCCACCCCUAUAUAGACCUCAUGUGGUCCGUCCUAUAUAAUUAAGGUAGGUAGAUAGAGGAGAGGGUGGGCGCGCAACAGCAAUAAGCAUUAUAUAGAGAGGGAGUGAGAGAGAGAGAGGUGGAUUGAUUUGAAGCAGAGCGCAGCAAGCAUAUAGUAGGUAGAUAUAUAUGGAGAUCGUGGGCGAGUGCGAGUACCGGGGCGAGGCGGUGUUGGUGACGCCGAGCUCGGCCACGCCGCGGCGCUCCCUCUACCUCUCCAACCUGGACGACCAGCGAUUCCUCCGAUUCUCCAUCAAGUACCUCUACGUCUUCCCGCCCUCCGCCGCCGUGGCCGCCGACGCCCUCAGGGCCGCGCUCGCCAGGGCCCUCGUCCACUACUACCCACUGGCCGGAAGGCUCAGGCACCACGCCGACGAUAAGCUUGUGCUCGACUGCAAUGCCGAGGGCGCGCUCUUCGCCGAGGCCUUCCUGCCCACCCUCACCGCCGCCGACUUCCUCCGUGCCGGUGCCACCGCCAAGCCGCACAAGUCCUGGAGGAAGCUGCUCUACAGAGUCCACGCCGCCACCUUCGUCGCCGUCCCGCCGCUCGUCGUCCAGGUGACACAACUGGGGUGCGGAGGCAUGGUAGUGUGUACAGCCAUCAGCCACUGCGUCUGCGACGGCAUCGCAACCGCCAACUUCCUCCACGCCUGGGCCGCCUUCGCCGCAGCCGACCUGGACCUCGCCGCCGAUCGUGACGACGACCUCUCCGUCGUCCUCCAUGACCGCCGCGCCUUGCGCCCGCGCUGCCCUCCGCGCGUCGCCUUCACGCACCCGGAGUACCACACCAGCAGCAGCAGCAGCAGCCUCCUCCUCAUCCAGCCCCAGCUGAUGCCGCUGGCCCCCGUCUCCCUGACCUUCACAGCGGCCCACCUCCGGCGCCUCAAGGCCCGGUCGCUCCGCAGCUGCACCUCCUUCGAGGCGCUGGCGGCGCACGUGUGGCGCGCCUGGGUCCUCUCCCUCGCCCCGCCGCCCCCGCCCGACAUGCGCGUCAAGCUCCUCUUCUCCGUCAACGUGCGCCGCCGCCUCAAGCCGGAGCUCCCCUGGACCUACUGCGGCAACGCCUUCGUGCUGGCCUGCGCCGAGGCCACGCCGACCGAGCUGGCGGCGGGUGCCGGGGUGCGGCUGGUGCAGGAGGCCAAGGACUGCAUCGACGACGACUACGUGCGAUCCACCGUGGACCUCCUCGACCAGCGGCGCGGCGCCAAGCCGGACCUGGCGGCGACGCUGGUCAUCUCGGCGUGGACGCGGCUGGGGCUGGAGGACGUCGACUUCGGCAAGGGGAGGGCGGCGCACAUGGGCCCCCUCACCAGCGAGAUUUACUGCGUCUUCCUCCCCGUCCUCGCCGACCCCAACGCCGUCACCGUCCUGCUCUCGUUGCCGCAACCCGCCGCCGACACCUUCGAGCACCAUUGCUGCAGCUGCUUCCUCCUCGACCUCGACGACGACCAGCCCGCCGUACCCGUACUAGUGGACAAGCAGGACCACGACAACCAGCUCGUGCGUGCCCAUCAUCAACAUGACAUCCUCGCCUAGUAGCUUCUUAAUUAAUGCACUACUAAUUAACUACUAUUUCCAUCCCAAAAUAUAAUAAUUUUUACUACCUCCGUUCCAAAAUACAAUUAUCUCUGCUUUACAACUCAAAUUUUGUCCAAAAUACUUAUUAUCACUAUGGAAUGCCAAUUAUCAUAUAAUCACUUUCUAUUUCUA